UUUUUCUUAUAAACAUCUAUAAAAAUUUAGUACCAAAUGCUGUACUAAACCUAAAAGACUUGAUACAGACCUAAAACUUUGAUUUAUCGGAUGCAGAAAUAGUAAAAUUAGCGAGAGAAAAGUUUUUUAAACCAUUUGUGGUGUAUGGAUUCUCAAUUGACUAUGUAGAAAGUCCUGAAAGGGACUUGAUAAUGCUUUCAACAUGAUGAACAUGAAAUAAAUUAGUUUUCAGAACAGAGAAUAGUUCUCAGAGACUUUUGGAAAUUUAAGUUCUAGAUUGAGGGAAAUCUCUACCAUUUGGAACAAUUCCCUGGCCCAGGUUAUAUUUAAACACUUUUUCUAAGAUUCAUUUAUGCUCAUUAAUGGAGAAGACACUUUAUGAAAACGGUGGUUGUAUUGUUACAUGGAAAAUUGAAAAUUUUCAUUGCCUAGAGAGGUUCAGUUUUUUGUGUAGCCCCUAUUUCCUUAUCGGGACAACUCACAAAUAUAGGUUAUGUUUUUAUAAUAACUCUUUCCGUCUUGAAAACGACUGCCUUACCCCUUCAAAUGUAAGUUUUACUUGUUCUAUCUCAAUAACGAUAGAUGGUUCAACAGUUUUUCAAGACAAAAAUGAAAGAACAUUUUCAAGUUUUUGGCUUGAUAUCGGUAGUUUUAAAGAAAUCGAUAUUGAAACUUUUCCUAACACUGUAGUAUAUCGAUGCUACCUACGUAUAAUUUCGGACAACAAUUUGAUUGUAAAUCAAUAUUCAUUUCGAACUGUGGUGGAAGCUGAAUAUCGAAGGAUUCAAUAUACCAAUCUGACCAUCAAAACUUUUGAUCAAAAUCAAAAUUUAUUAUUUCCAUCGCCGUUGGCAUGCAGUUUGACAAUGCCAUUUGAUAUAAAAUUUUGCGCAUCUGAAAGUAAAGAUUCCUUAAAAAUGGACAUUACUAACACUUCGGAAAGCAAAAGUGACGCCAUUUUAAUUUGUAAAUUAUCCAUUACUGAUGAAAAAGGAAAGCACCUGUUCAGAGCAACUCAUUUCAACGUGUUUAAAAAAGAAGAAACAAAUGUCUGGUGUUUUCCAACCCCUAUUAGCAUAAAAGAUUUACAGUCAAGUGAUUCUCUAAUUGAUAUUUUAUCAUUAGAUUUUGAAUUUUCAUUAUCAGAACGCAAAUCAAAUACUUGGAUCGAAGAAUUUUCUGAAAUGCCAGUAUCUCAAACAAAGAUAGUGUCCGAAAGCUACGAGAAAAAUAAAGUUAAUUUACGAGAUGAUUUUAUGUGUCUUUACAUUGAACGAAAGUUUACAGACAUGGAAAUCAUUGUGGGAGGAAAAAAGUUCCCAGCUCACAAGACUGUGCUAUGUGCUCGAUCUCCUGUAUUCAGUGCUAUGUUCGAAAGUAACAUGCUAGAAAAGGAGAAAAAUGUAGUUGAAAUAUCUGAUUUAGAUCCAGAAACUGUGGAUAAAAUGUUGUUUUUUAUGUAUUCCGAAGUUUUGGAAGACAGGAAUUGGGACAGCGUUACUAAACUGUAUGUCGCUUCAGAUAAAUAUCAGAUUAUGACUCUAAAAGAUAAGUGUGCUUCGAUUUUGUUUGAUCAACUGUCAUCGAAAAGUGCUUGUGAAGUCUUACAUCUCGCCGAUAUGCAUUGUGAUUCAGACUUUCUGGAUGCAGUUCAGGAUUUCAUAAUCACCCAUGACGAAGAGAUUUUGCAGUCUGAAGAAUGGAAAGAGUUUAUGGACUCCAAUUCGAAAAUUGCUUGUCAGACUAUGCACAAGGCGUGGAUACAUCGUACUACUGUAAGAAGAAAAGAACUGUAAAGAAGAUAGAUUGACUCUUUUCGUUUAGGAUACUUAUGAAGAACUUAUAGUGUGCAAAAAAUUUAAUAAGGAAAUAAGCGAGCCGCCCAAAAUAGCUUUAGAUCUAAUAAUAAGAUUUUCACGUUCUAAGACAUAAUCUUAAUGGUUCGAAGGGGUGACCUCAAGCAUUCUAAUUAAUUAGUGCAAAAGAUAUUAUAAAUUGCAAAACCAGACUCAAAAACGUACAUUCUCUGAAUAAACAUACCUUUGCUUCGACGGAUUUGGAUUUGUGAUCUCCAAAUUAUAGGGGGUGGCCACAAUAUGAUCUCCAUAGUUUGAUCAGGACAGCAAUCCAAAUUUCGGACCCCUUAAUGCUAAUAUUAGUUUUUGCGUAUAUUGCCAUAUCUUA